AUGGCGAACCGAGAUGGGAAAGCGGAACGUAAUGCCGUAUCUGCAUUAUGGAUAUACGCUUUAACGUUUGCCGAUGUGAUUACUAUGUCGAUCCACUGCAACCAUGCGCUUCCGUACGAGAGUUUGAUUAAUUCGGAGGAAUAUCCUCUACUUGAACAGGCCCUCAGCACGAUGUUCCCAUGGGGCAGCUGUGCACCUCCUGUCAAGAGCCGUUACCUGGAGGCUGCGCUCACCCCUUGA